AUGAUUCGUCCACAGGGUCCCGUCCUUGUUCUCAAGCAGAACACCAAAAGAGAACAAGGCAGGAAAGCACAACUGGCAAACAUCCAAGCCAGCAAGGCGAUUGCUGACAUUGUACGCACGACCUUGGGUCCGUCCUCGAUGCUGAAGAUGCUGCUUGACCCCCUCGGAGGCAUUGUGCUCACCAAUGACGGCAACGCGAUUCUUCGCGAGGUGGAUGUUCUUCACCCGGCAGCGAAGACGAUGAUUGAGUUGUCUCGCACUCAAGACGAAGAAGUAGGAGACGGAAGCACGAGCGUGGUCGUGCUCGCCGGGGAGGUUCUCGCGGGGGCUGUGGAUUUGUUAGAGAAACAGCAGCUGCAUCCCUCGGUCAUUUCGCAUGGCUACGUGAUGGCUCUGGAAGACACACUAAAGUACAUGAACGAAAUCGCCAUCGACGUGGACGUUAGCGACGACGCGAAGCUGCGUCACGUUGUAGACGCGUGCCUCAACACAAAGUUCUCUUCUCGCUGGGAAGGCCGCAUCAGCCAGAUGGCCAUCGACGCUGUGAGGAAAGUCGAGGUCAAACUGCCGAACGGCAAGAAAGAAAUCGACAUCAAACGCUACGCCAAAGUCGAAAAGAUCCCCGGAGGGGACCUCGAGGAAUCCAGAGUCCUCGACGGCGUUAUGGUCAACAAGGAUGUCACGCAUGCAAAGAUGCGCAGAUACAUUGCCAACCCCAAGGUUCUUUUGCUGGACUGUCCGCUGGAGUACAAAAAGGGCGAGUCUCAGACCUACGUCGAGAUCACGAAGGAAGAUGAAUGGGCGAAGCUUUUGGAGCAGGAAGAGAAGGAAGUUCGCGCAAUGUGCGACGACAUCAUCGCGAGUGGAUGCAACUUGGUCAUCACCGAGAAAGGCGUCAGCGACUUGGCUCAGCAUUUUCUCGUGAAGGCGGGCAUCAGCUGCAUUCGCCGAGUCAGAAAGACUGACAACAAUCGCAUAGCCCGCGUCACAGGCGCCACCAUCGUGAACCGCACAGAAGAAAUCACCAAAGAAGACGUUGGCACCAAAUGCGGACUCUUCGAAAUCAAAAAAAUCGGAGAUGAAUACUUUACGUUUCUCACACAGUGCCAGGAGAAGGGCGCGUGCACCAUUCUGCUGAGAGGCGGCAGCAAAGAUGUCCUGAAUGAAGUCGAAAGAAAUCUGCAAGACGCGAUGAACGUCGCGAGAAAUAUCAUGCUCGAGGGCAAGUUGCUCCCCGGCGGCGGGGCCACGGAAAUGGCGAUUUCAGCGCGCCUCCUCGCGAAUGCAAAGAAUGUCGAGUCCGUGAAGCAAUACCCCUACAAGGCAGUUGCGAGCGCCCUGGAGGUCAUCCCAAGGACUCUUGCACAAAACUGUGGCACAAAUGUCGUCAAGGUCAUGACUGAACUUCGCGCAAAGCACGCCACCUGCUCAGGAGACAGCGCCAAGUGGGGCGUCGACGGCGAGACGGGCGCAGUUGUCGACAUGAUCGAGAAGCACGUGUGGGAUAGUUUGGCUGUCAAGCAACAGAUCGUGAAAACCGCUAUUGAAGCAGCGGCCAUGCUCUUGCGGAUUGAUGACGUUCUUUCGGGUGUCAGAAAGGAAGGCACCGGAGCGCCGGGGGACAACAUGGAAGCGGACCCUGAGACCUUUGGAGAUUCGCGCGACGGAUAA